UCUUCUUUCCGUUCCCCUCCUAAAACCCUAGCCUCCCGCGGGUCCACCCCCGAACCCCUCCGCCGCCGCCGCCGGCGAAGCGCGCGGCGAGGAGAUGGCGCUGUACCUACUCUUCGAGUCGGCGUCGGGGUACGCUCUCUUCCAUGCGUACGGCAUCGACGAGAUCGGACAGAGCGUGGAUGCCGUCCGCGCCUCCGUGCUGGACCUCCAGCGCUUCGGCAAGGCCGUCAAGCUCGCCGGCUUCUCCCCCUUCUCCUCCGCCGUCGAUGCGCUCAACCAAUGCAACGCCAUCUCAGAAGGGAUCAUGACCGACGAGCUGAGGAACUUCCUGGAGCUCAAUCUGCCCAAAGUGAAGGAGGGGAAGAAGGCCAAGUUCAGCGUCGGCGUCAUGGAACCCAAGGUCGGGUCCCACAUCUCCGAGGCCACCGGGAUUCCCUGCCAGAGCAAUGAGUUCGUUCAGGAGCUGCUUCGAGGAGUGCGCCUGCACUUCGAUCAGUUCAUCGACCAACUCAAGAAAUCUGACCUGGAGAAGGCUCAGCUGGGUCUGGGACAUAGCUAUAGCAGAGCAAAGGUCAAAUUCAAUGUGAACCGUGUGGAUAACAUGGUGAUUCAAGCAAUCUUUCUGUUGGACACGCUUGAUAAGGAUAUCAAUUCCUUCUCCAUGAGAGUGAGGGAGUGGUAUUCGUGGCAUUUUCCAGAGCUGGUCAAAAUCGUGAAUGACAACUACCUUUAUGCUAAGAUUGCCAAGUUUGUGGUGAACAAAUCUGAUUUAGCUGAAAAAGACAUUCCAGCUUUAGCAGAUCUAAUUGGAGAUGAGGACAAGGCGAAAGAAAUUGUUGAAGCAGCAAAGGCUUCUAUGGGUCAGGAUCUUUCACCAGUUGAUUUAAUCAAUGUCCAACAGUUUGCCCAAAGGGUCAUGAAUCUAUCUGAAUACCGUAAAAAGCUCUAUGAGUAUCUGGUAACAAAGAUGAAUGAUAUUGCACCAAAUCUCACUUCUUUGAUUGGUGAGGUUGUUGGAGCUCGGCUAAUCUCUCAUGCUGGCAGUCUUUCAAAUCUUGCAAAGUGCCCUGCCUCCACUCUCCAGAUACUUGGUGCUGAAAAGGCGCUUUUCAGAGCUCUGAAAACACGUGGAAAUACACCCAAGUAUGGCCUCAUAUUUCACUCAUCUUUCAUUGGCCGUGCAUCAGCUCGAAACAAGGGCCGAAUGGCUCGAUACCUGGCAAACAAGUGUUCCAUUGCUUCACGCAUUGACUGUUAUUCAGAGUUGAGUACAUCCAUUUUCGGUCAGAAGCUGCGUGAACAAGUUGAAGAGAGACUAGACUUCUAUGACAAGGGUGUUGCACCACGGAAGAAUCUUGAUGUGAUGAAAGCUGCUAUUGAGGGUAUUACAAAUGCAGUGUCGGAAGAUGGUGAUGGCAACGAUAAGAGUGAUGUGUCUGCUAAGAAAAGUAGGAAAAAGAAGUCUAAAGCUGAGGCUGACGGUGAAGCAAUGGAUGUUGAUAAGCCCGCUGCUGGAGAAGAUGAACCUCAAACUGAGAAGAAGAAAAAGAAGAAGAAACACAAGCUAGAGGAGCCACAGGAUGAAGAGAUGGCUACCGAGGCAGCUGAUGGUGGUGUCAAACAAGAUGAGACUCCGAAGAAGAAGAAAAAGAAGAACCGUGAGGCAUCAGAGGAUGUUGAGCCUAAGACAGGCACUGAAGGGAAGAAGAAAAAGAAGAAAAAGUCAAAAACUGAGGACAAUGAUGUGUAGUUAUUUAGUAACUAGCAUUUGUGCUUAACGAAGUUAACAUCUUGGAUCUACUUAUGUACACCAGUUGAUCCAAUUGGGCCUCAGCUACAUUAAGCGUUCACUAGUGGGUGGUGCCGUCACAUCUUGAGCCCGUGUGAGGUUUAUAAUGUAGUGAGGCGAUGAGGCCUGAAUUGAAACGGUAAAGCUAUUGCACGCCUGGUUCGGUA